AAAAUAACAAUUUUCAUUAGUCACAUGAUAGGCUAUGUUUAGAUUUCAUAUCUUAUCAUGACAGGCAAUUUAUUCAUGUUCUUCAAAAUAAAUUUGGUUUAGAGAUUAUUUUGAUCAUUUGAUUCCCCACAUAGUCUCUGUUUCUUCCUAAUUUAAGCAAUGGCAAUGGAUACUACAAUGGAUACCGCAAUGUUCCGAGACGAUGUCGUCGAAUUGAAUGUUGGUGGAAAAUUGAUGACAACAUGGUUGAGUACCCUGACAAAGGAACCUAAAUGUGAUACGCCGACAAAGGAACCUAAAAGUAAGCUUGCGGCCAUGUUUAGCCGACCUGAAGACAUCGCGAAGGACAAAGACGGUCGUUUUUUUAUUGACUGCGAUGGUGAACUUUUUCAAUACAUUUUAAAUUUCCUCCGAUACGGCACAUUGCCACGACAGGAAAGAAUUUUAGAAGUGUAUGAUCUCGCUUUACAUUUUCAAAUCCAGUCAUUGGUUGCACAGUUGGAACGCUUCUAUGCAAUUCAGUACCGAAACAAAAUUGCGGAAAUAAGAGAAUACUGGGGAAAAAAGGGAAACACUCAAAUUAUUGAGAAACUGAAACAAAAUAUUGUCGAAAACAUUCAUUGCAGGCCCAGAGAAGAUAUUACAAUAUACGAGACUAGUAACGUAGGCAGCUGCGACCUUUGCCCAAUAAGGCCUGCCCAUGUGUUUCUUCAGCCCUCCAAUUUGUCUGCUGAGAUGAGGGCGUUACUGAUACAUGAUUUGUGUGAACUUGGAUUUGCGAAAUCCACAGUUACUAAGAAAAUAAAUCGUAAAUGCGACAUUUGUAACAUUGAGUUCAAAGGCUUUGAGAUCGUUCUCGUCGCAAAAUAAAUGUAAAUAUAAAGCAAAAAGACUGACAUGCACUGACAAACAAUGUAAUGACCAAUGGCAUAUUGUUUAUGUUUAGCUAGCGGUACACGUUGAUUAUUGUUAAUUUCUUUUAACUCUAAAAUAUACAUUUAGGGGUUAUAAUUAAAAAACUGGAAAGUGUUAAAAAUAUUUGAACAUGCAUCCUUUGAACAUCUCUAUAUGUAAAUUUCGACAUUAUGCAUGUGUACAAUAAAAGUUCUAUUUCAA